UUCCCCAAAUUUCUUUCACUUUCUUUCUGUCCAAAACCCAAACCCAAACCCUAAGAAGAAAAAAAAGAGGAAAAACCCUAAAAUAUCUUUUCUCUAUGAUCCAAAAAACUCCUCCUACACAGAACAAGAAUUUCUGUGUAAUGGAGGAUGUUUAUGGACAAAUGGUGGUAGUAUCUAAUGGAAUCGACCUCGAAAAAGAAACUACUUCUACUACUAGUACUAGUAGUUCCAGUGGUAAUAAUGGUAUUGGGCAGCUUCAGUUUCAGUUUCCUGAUGUUGGACGUGCCAUGACUGGUUUUGUAAGGACUCGAGAGGUUGGGGAGUUUCUCAGUGGAGCCUUAGCAGGAGCUAUGACUAAAGCUGUUCUUGCUCCCCUUGAAACCAUAAGGACAAGAAUGGUGGUUGGUGUGGGAUCCAAACAUAUUGCAGGAAGUUUCAUUGAAGUCAUGGAGCAACGGGGUUGGCAAGGUCUGUGGGCUGGCAACACUGUCAAUAUGCUUCGUAUAGUUCCAACUCAGGCGAUCGAGCUUGGCACGUUUGAGUGUGUUAAGAGAGCAGUGACAUCGGCUAAGGAGGACUGGGAGAAGAACGGGUGCCUGAAAGUUCAAAUUGGCCGAGUGAGGCUGACCUUUUCGUUUUCAUGGUUAUCUCCAACUGCAGUUGGUGGUGCUGCGGCUGGUAUUGUCAGUACCCUUGCGUGUCACCCACUUGAAGUCUUAAAGGAUAGAUUGACGGUCAAUCGUGAGGCUUAUCCUAGUAUUAUUCUGGGUCUAACCAAAAUCUACAAGGAAGGUGGGAUUGGUGCAUUAUAUUCUGGCUUGUCCCCAACACUGAUAGGCAUGCUUCCAUACAGCACUUGUUACUAUUUCAUGUAUGAGAAGUUAAAGAAUAAUUAUUGUGAAAAACAAAAGAAGAAGUCUUUAAGCCGCCCAGAGAUGCUUUUGAUAGGUGCUGUGUCAGGUUUUACAGCAAGCACUAUCAGCUUCCCGUUAGAAGUGGCGAGGAAAAGGCUGAUGGUUGGAGCACUACAAGGAAAGUGUCCACCAAACAUGGCAGCUGCCAUAGCAGAAGUCAUACAAGAACAAGGGUUUAAAGGGCUCUACAGAGGUUGGGGUGCAAGUUGUUUGAAAGUCAUGCCAUCCUCUGGUAUUACCUGGAUGUUUUAUGAAGCAUGGAAAGAUAUUUUGCUCAUGGACAGAAGAAUGCCUUUAUAACAGCCUACAGCUUUCAAGCCGGUUUGUCCCACCAUUGAGCCAUGGGAACCUGCCAUUGAGACGUAGGAUCCCACUAUCUCCUUCGCAUUUCAAGGUGAUAAUAGUUUAUCUUGGCAGGGGAGGCUCAUUUUUUGUACUAGUUAUAGCAAUCACAAGAUUCUUUAAUCACAUGGAAUGCUGGCGAAGCUUCACACUUUUAUACAUCCUUUUUUCUUUUAUGUUUUAUUCUUUCAGCUUUCACCAAAACAGUAUAAUACAUUAAAAACAAACUGGGAGGUCCUGGAAUGGAAUAUAAAAGUAUUAGGAUAAUAUAAUUUCCAAGAGGGUAGGUUUGUCUGUUUGCUUACCAGAACUAAUAAACCUUAAAUGUUGUUCACCUGGUCAACUGCUCUACCAAUUCCACCACCCAUAUCAUAAUCUUCAUUUCUGGUUCAUUUUUUCUGGUUCGAUCAGAUGGGUUCUUCAGGUAAGCCCUUGUCUGUCGGUGACAAUUCCGGUGAUGGCUUUCGGCAGGAUCUUUUCAUUCAAAAUCAUUUCCUUCGAAACUAUCCUUCAGUUCCCCCAAUUUUCUUACAAAAAUUAUCCUUCGUUGUCAACCCAGAAUUUGAAUUCAUCUUCCUUGACAAAAACCUCAGCGGAUCAUCCACUGUGCCCUUUCAAACCUUAACUUUUGUAAAUGAUCCUGCAGGUAUAAAGAUUGAACAAUCUUGCAACGGUCUACUUAUCUGCAGUAGCUUCAGAAUAAACAGUAAUGGGCGCACUUAUUAUGUCUACAAUCCAUCAACAAGGCGUAGCAAGAGUAUUAGCGGGUCAUCUCAAGUUGUAGGAGAUGAGUUUCAUUCUAUCUGUAACGUUAGUUUAGCGUUCAAUCCUCUCAAAUCACCUCACUAUGAAGUUGUUCGUAUUUGGGGAAGUGAUUCAAAUAAAUAUCAAACGGAAAUCUACACGUCUAAAACAGGAUCUUGGAGGGUUCCUGGAGUUGUAUUCUCUGCACCCAUUGAUGAUGCAUUUGGUAGGUCUGGUGUAUAUUGGAAUGGUUGCUUGCACUGGAUCAGUUUAAGAGAAUCAUCUCUUUAUUACGAUAUCAAUCAAGAAAUGUUCAAAACAUUGCCAAUGCCGCCGAUUCCAAAUGAGCGGGAUAGGAGGAGGAUCGAAAUUAUCGAAUACUUCGGAGAGUACAAAGGUCGUAUGCAUCUUAUUGAGAUGUAUGGUCCAUUCAGUACAAGUUUCGAUAUUUUGCAUAUGGAAACUGAUUAUUCAGGGUGGAAUGUAAGAUACCGCGUUAAUUUGGAAGGACUGGCUACUUCAUAUCCGGGAAUGGUUAGGGACAUUGUUGAUGUUUCAGAGUACUUUUAUCUUCUUGAUUUCUCCAUACUGCUGGUAGCUGAAAAUGAAGAAGAGAAAGACGAGCCCUCGUCGCUAGUUAUAGUUGUACCGGAUAAUAAAGUUAUUUCUUACAAUCUCAAGGAAAUGAAUUUCAAGAAUAUUCACACAUUAUCGCCAGGCAUUCAUGCACGUUACCGGUGGUUUGACGCUUAUCGAUACGUUGAAACACGAUCUCAAGUUUGACUGAUUAUAAGCAGUGUGACAUAUCAAGGUGGACUAUCAUUUGAACUUUGAAAUCCAAUAAUGGGAAUGGGAAAAUUAGUCCAAUAUCUACGCACAAAUGAAUAUGAAAUGCAAGUUGUUAUAAAAUGGAGUAUUAAAGAAGAUCAGAGGUUGUCCAGUUGUUGUUUGGCUGAAGUCAUAGCUUGGACCAACAAGGGGAUAAGAGGAGACGUAAGAAAUUCAAGAGCUUGUGACCACCAAUAAUGCAUAAAUCCGGUGCCCAUACUCUAGUAUAUAUAUAACUUCGUCUCUCAGUCUGUCAAAAACCAAGUACACCAUGAGAAUCCAGCACCAAUUUCUUCUUCACUGCUCGCUCUUUCUUUUCCUCUUAGCAACUACUACUUUGAUAUCUCCAUCUCUUGGGGAUUUAGGAAGAUGCAAUCCCAGUGACUACAAAGCUCUGAUGAAUAUCAAGAAGUCUCUAAGCCCUCCUGAGAAUUCUUACGAGUUAACUUCAUGGGUUCAAGAUACAGACUGCUGCGACUGGCACGGAGUCGCCUGUGAUGACCAAACCAACCGUGUACAAGAACUCGGUAUCUUCGCAGCUGAUAUCGCUGGCCAAAUUUCAUCCUCAGUAGGUGACCUUCCUCACCUCGUAUCUUUAACUUUCAGGAACAUUAAAAACAUCACCGGUUCGAUCCCGCGAUCCAUCACAAAGUUAAAGCAUCUCAUAAGGCUGGAUCUCCCCUAUUUGGGUCUGUCCGGGCCGGUUCCCGACUUCCUCAACCAACUCACUGCUCUCAAUUUCCUGGAUCUCUCGUACAAUCAAUUCUCUGGUUCCAUUCCGCCCAAUCUCUCGGACCUCAAAAAUAUUACAACUAUCUAUCUCGACGGGAACAAACUUACUGGUUCGAUCCCGGAGUCAUUCGGGAGAUUUACUGGUACUGUACCUGAGCUUUACUUGUCUCGCAAUAAACUCACUGGUCCGAUUCCGAAAUCGUUAGGAGCUUUGGGAUGUCGCGCUAUUAACCUCUCAAGAAAUAAACUUACCGGGGAUGCGUCCAUACUUUUUAAUCCAAACCAUAGUUUGACUACAUUUAUUGAUUUGUCGAGGAACCAGUUUGAGUUUGAUCUUACAAAUGUUAAAUUUCCAAAGGAUUUAAAUUGGUUGGAUAUAUCACAUAACAAAAUCUUCGGUGGAAUCCCUGAUGAGAUCAAGGAUUUGGACAAUUUGUAUAUGUUGAAGGUGGAAUACAACAGGUUAUGUGGUAAAAUACCAAGCGGAGGGAAUAUGGAGCGUUUCAAAAGUACUUCGUUUUCACAUAAUAAGUGUCUGUGCGGGUCACCAUUGAAGAUUUGUAAGAGAAAGUGAUGAAGGUUGCGCCGUCCGGGGUUGGAGACGGAUCGGAAGCCCUUUAGCCGGCAACGGAAAGGGGUUGACUUUUAUUUUCUCAUCACCAGGAAGCAAUUUCUCCCAUCUGUACCUUCGCACGACAUGGUGUGAAGUCGGUCAAUGCUUGAGUGAAAGCACCCUGGAGUGGUGGUGCUAGUCUCAGUACUUCACAAACCACAUUCCAUGAGUAUUUCAUUUUAUGAAUGUCUUCCAAAUUUAGCAA